AUGAGUAAAUACAGUUUUGACUACUUGUUCAAGCUUCUUCUCAUCGGUGACUCUGGAGUUGGAAAGUCAUGCCUGCUGCUGCGCUUUGCGGAUGACACCUACACCGAAAGCUACAUCUCUACCAUAGGGGUCGACUUCAAGAUCAGGACCAUUGACAUGGAUGGGAAAACUGUCAAGCUACAGAUUUGGGACACAGCAGGUCAAGAGAGGUUUCGAACCAUCACCUCCAGCUACUACAGAGGAGCUCACGGCAUCAUCAUUGUGUAUGAUGUCACUGAGCAGGAAUCCUUUAACAAUGUGAAGCAGUGGCUGGAUGAAAUAGAUCGUUACGCCUGUGAAAACGUCUCCAGGCUGCUGGUGGGAAAUAAGUCUGACCUCGUUAGUAAGAAAGUGGUGGAUGUUGCCACUGCUCAGGACCUGGCUUCGUCCCUGAAGAUCCCGUUCUUGGAGACUAGUGCGAAGAGCUCUGAUAACGUGGAGAGGGCGUUCCUUACCAUGGCCUCUGAGAUCCACAAACGUCUGGCCAGUGAAGGAGGAGGCAUGGAGGGCGAGUCAGCAGAGGCCAGGACCGCUAAGAUCAACAGUGCUCCCCUGUGGCUGGGAGGGGAAAAACAGACACAGGAGGCCAAUAACUGCUGCUGA